AUGGUGGUGGUGGUGAGGCCUUUGGUGGCGUUUAUGGUGAGGCCUUUGGUGGUGUUGAUGGUGAGGCCUUUGGUGGUGUUGAUGGUGAGGCCUUUGGUGGUGUUGAUGGUAAGGCCUUUGGUGGUGUUGAUGGUAAGGCCUUUGGUGGUGUUGAUGGAGAGGCCUUUGGUGGUGGUGAGGCCUUUGAUGGUGGUGGUGGUGAGGCCUUUGGUGGUGUUGAUGGAGAGGCCUUUGGUGGUGGUGAGGCCUUUGAUGGUGGUGGUGGUGAGGCCUUUGGUGGUGUUGAUGGAGAGGCCUUUGGCGAUGGUGAGGCCUUUGGUGGUGUUGAUGGUGAGGCCUUUGGUGGUGUUGAUGGUGAGGCCUUUGGUGGUGUUGAUGGUGAGGGCUUUGGUGGUGUUGAUGGUGAGGCCUUUGGUGGUGUUGAUGGUGAGGCCUUUGGUGGUGUUGAUGGUGAGGCCUUUGGUGGUGUUGAUGGAGAGGCCUUUGGUGAUGUUGAUGGAGAGGCCUUUGGUGAUGUUGAUGGUGAGGCCUUUGGUGGUGUUGAUGGUGAGGCCUUUGGUGGUGUUGAUGGUGAGGCCUUUGGUGGUGUUGAUGGUGAGGCCUUUGGUGGUGUUGAUGGUGAGGCCUUUGGUGGUGUUGAUGGAGAGGCCUUUGGUGGUGGUGGUGGUGGAGAGGCCUUUGGUGGUGGUGGUGGUGGAGAGGCCUUUGGUGGUGGUGGUGGUGGAGAGGCCUUUGGUGGUGGUGGUGGUGGAGAGGCCUUUGGUGGUGGUGGUGGUGGAGAGGCCUUUGGUGGUGGUGGUGGUGGAGAGGCCUUUGGUGGUGGUGGUGGAGAGGCCUUUGGUGGUGUUGAUGGAGAGGCCUUUGGUGGUGUUGAUGGAGAGGCCUUUGGUGGUGUUGAUGGAGAGGCCUUUGGUGGUGUUGAUGGAGAGGCCUUUGGUGGUGUUGAUGGAGAGGCCUUUGGUGGUGUUGAUGGAGAGGCCUUUGGUGGUGUUGAUGGAGAGGCCUUUGGUGGUGUUGAUGGAGAGGCCUUUGGUGGUGUUGAUGGAGAGGCCUUUGGUGAUGUUGAUGGCCUUUGGUGGUGUUGAUGGAGAGGCCUUUGGUGGUGGUGGUGGUGGAGAGGCCUUUGGUGGUGGUGGUGGUGGAGAGGCCUUUGGUGGUGGUGGUGGUGGAGAGGCCUUUGGUGGUGGUGGUGGUGGAGAGGCCUUUGGUGGUGGUGGUGGUGGAGAGGCCUUUGGUGGUGGUGGUGGUGGAGAGGCCUUUGGUGGUGGUGGUGGUGGAGAGGCCUUUGGUGGUGGUGGUGGAGAGGCCUUUGGUGGUGUUGAUGGAGAGGCCUUUGGUGGUGUUGAUGGAGAGGCCUUUGGUGGUGUUGAUGGAGAGGCCUUUGGUGGUGUUGAUGGAGAGGCCUUUGGUGGUGUUGAUGGAGAGGCCUUUGGUGGUGUUGAUGGAGAGGCCUUUGGUGGUGUUGAUGGAGAGGCCUUUGGUGGUGGUGUUGAUGGAGAGGCCUUUGGUGGUGUUGAUGGAGAGGCCUUUGGUGGUGGUGGUGGUGGUGAGGCCUUUGUUGGUGGUGGUGGUGGUGAGGCCUUUGUUGGUGGUGUUGAUGGAGAGGCCUUUGUUGGUGUUGAUGGAGAGGCCUUUGGUGAUGGAGAGGCCUUUGGUGAUGGAGAGGCCUUUGGUGAUGGAGAGGCCUUUGGUGGUGUUGAUGGAGAGGCCUUUGGUGGUGUUGAUGGAGAGGCCUUUGGUGGUGUUGAUGGAGAGGCCUUUGGUGGUGUUGAUGGAGAGGCCUUUGGUGGUGUUGAUGGAGAGGCCUUCGGUGGUGUUGAUGGAGAGGCCUUUGGUGGUGUUGAUGGAGAGGCCUUUGGUGGUGUUGAUGGAGAGGCCUUUGGUGGUGUUGAUGGAGAGGCCUUUGGUGGUGUUGAUGGAGAGGCCUUUGGUGGUGUUGAUGGAGAGGCCUUGGUGGUGUUGAUGGAGAGGCCUUUGGUGGUGUUGAUGGAGAGGCCUUUGGUGGUGUUGAUGGAGAGGCCUUUGGUGGUGUUGAUGGAGAGGCCUUUGGUGGUGUUGAUGGAGAGGCCUUUGGUGGUGGUGGUGGUGAGGCCUUUGGUGGUGGUGGUGGCCUUUGUUGGUGGUGGUGGUGGUGAGGCCUUUGUUGGUGGUGGUGGUGGUGAGGCCUUUGUUGGUGGUGUUGAUGGAGAGGCCUUUGUUGGUGGUGUUGAUGGAGAGGGCUUUGUUGGUGGUGUUGAUGGAGAGGCCUUUGGUGGUGUUGAUGGAGAGGCCUUGGUGGUGUUGAUGGAGAGGCCUUUGGUGGUGUUGAUGGAGAGGCCUUUGGUGGUGUUGAUGGAGAGGCCUUUGGUGGUGUUGAUGGAGAGGCCUUUGGUGGUGUUGAUGGAGAGGCCUUUGGUGGUGUUGAUGGUGAGGCCUUUGGUGGUGGUGGUGGUGAGGCCUUUGGUGGUGGUGGUGGUGGUGGUGGUGAGGCCUUUGUUGGUGGUGGUGGUGAGGCCUUUGUUGGUGGUGGUGGUGGUGAGGCCUUUGUUGGUGGUGGUGGUGGUGGUGGUGAGGCCUUUGUUGGUGGUGGUGGUGGUGAGGCCUUUGGUGGUGGUGGUGGUGAGGCCUUUGGUGGUGUUGAUGGAGAGGCCUUUGGUGAUGGUGAGGCCUUUGGUGGUGGUGGUGGUGAGGCCUUUGGUGGUGGUGGUGGUGGUGAGGCCUUUGUUGGUGGUGGUGGUGAGGCCUUUGUUGGUGGUGGUGGUGGUGAGGCCUUUGUUGGUGGUGGUGGUGGUGAGGCCUUUGUUGGUGGUGGUGGUGGUGGUGAGGCCUUUGUUGGUGGUGGUGGUGGUGAGGCCUUUGGUGGUGGUGGUGGUGAGCCCUUUGGUGGUGGUGGUGGUGAGCCCUUUGGUGGUGGUGGUGGUGAGGCCUUUGAUGGUGGUGGUGGUGAGGCCUUUGUUGGUGGUGGUGGUGGUGAGGCCUUUGUUGGUGGUGAUGGUGAGGCCUUUGGUGGUGGUGGUGAGGGAGUGUUGA